CGAAUGGAUAAAUAACGACGCUCUUACCAGUUCAUUUGUCAGUUUCAUGAGAGACUGGUCAUGUACCUUCUAGAGUUUACAAACUCUGUUAGUAUCACUGGUUUCAAUACUUUGUACACACAAUAGUUUUCAAGUGCUAGUGAGUUUGAAGAAUGUCAAACCGCCAAGAUUCGCCCGGCGAGAAUCGUGACAAGUUCAGGUUCGCCAUCGAUCGAGGUGGGACCUUCACAGACGUUUACUCAGAAUGUCCCAACGGAGAAGUAAGAGUGAUGAAGCUGCUGUCAGUUGAUCCUGCAUAUCCUGAUGCACCUAGGGAAGGAAUAAGACGGAUUUUAGAACAGGUAAAAGUGUUUCUUUGUCCUUAAGCUAUAAAAAAGCGAGAAAUAUAACAACCUGGAUUAACUCAGCAGUCUCUAUAGGUACCAGUUAAUUUGGUCACGUGACUAGGCAUUGUGGAAGAAGAUUUAAAAACUCUGGCAGGAUUUUUAAAUUUAGCUUGAAGAGAUAACUUAAACUAGCCAAUAGUUGACCUAUUGAAGAUCAUCACGCCGUUACCAGUGCUAAUAUAAUUUAUUGCUUUAUGGUUAUUCUGUUAUAGUAGUAACGUGCGGGAAAAAAAAUGCGAGCUCCGCUUUUAGGCUUGGCUAAAUCUCUAUAUUUUACCUGGAUGGUUUUACAGACUUUUUGAUUCUAAGCUUGGUAUUUAUUUGUAUCGUUUUCUACUUUUUGAUGUUUAUUUUUACCAUGACCCGUGUCUGGUAUCAGUGACACAAACCUGUGAUUUAAAAAUAUUUUAGUAAGGAGCUUUCAAAAAUUCUUAAGACUCCUAUAGCUAGAGGAGUUGAUCAACCAUCCAUACAUAACUAAGAAUCAGGACUAGAUCAUGCCUCCUUGCAAUGAAACAAAUGUAAAUAUUUCUUUCAUUGCAAAGAAACAUCAACUACACUUUGGCAUUUGCUCUGGUGUGGGACGAACAAUUGAAACAUCAGCUUUAGAAAAUCUUGAUGGUGGACAAUUUACAUUUAUCAAUGCAGUUGAUGACACCAAAUUAUCCAUACAUGUUAAUGGUUUACAGGGUCCUGCAAAAUUUCCGCAUAGCCCCGUACUUCCUUAUGUAUUCAUAUAUGGGGAUUUAUUAUUUAGUGUAUCACCAGUAAGAUGUGGAUACAUAAUGAAGUAUAGGGCUGUGUGGAAAUUUUUCCCUUGUCUCCCCUGAAAAUUUGGGGAGCUUGUUUUAUCAUUUGGUAGAAUUCCCAAUGCUUUCAAUUAUAUGACUAAUGGAGAGUGGAUAACUGUUGUUUUUCAGGUGACAGGAGUAAAGAUGCCUGCAGAUCAGCCAAUUGAUCCAAAGUACAUUGAGUGGAUAAGGAUGGGGACCACAGUGGCUACAAAUGCUCUGUUGGAACGAAAGGGAGAAAGAAUGGCUCUGGUUAUUACUGAAGGAUUCCAUGAUUUGUUGCAUAUUGGCAAUCAGACAAGACCUAAUAUAUUUGAUUUAGUAAGUAAUCCUUUUAAAACAAGAAAAAGAAGUGUUUUCAUUUUGAGUGAAGGUUGCUAGAGGCUUUCCUAUGCCAUCAACACUUGUUUAGGCGUUUGGAAGUACAGCCAGGUGCUGGAUGACAACAACACGAUUUGAAUGUCAAAACUGCAUGAUUGCAAAACUUCCAUUGAGCCUUUCUCAACUGAAGAUUGUAGUACCUGUGCACUUAAGAUUGGAUUAAAAUUUAAAGAGAAAUUUGUUGAUAUAUGAUUUCUUACAGUUGAUGACUAAUUGCUCUUUUACAGAAAGUUAUAUGUCCAGAGGUACUGCAUGAAGAUGUUAUUGUUGUGAAAGGUAGACUGGUUUUAGAGCAAGAUGACAGUAAAAUUCAAAGACCACAAAACUGUAAAAUAGUGUCUGGAAGCACUGGGCAAAAGGUGUGUGUGGCAGAUAGCAAUGAAUUAAUUUCAGAUUUAAAAGAAAUAGUUUUAUGACAAACAUUAAAAUUGUGACUUCCCUUUUAUAAUUUACAGUUCCUCCAGAAUUCUAGUUCGGCUUCAGAAAUUCCACCAAAAUGCUUCCUUUUUUUCCUACCACUUUAACAGAAUUUCAAAUGAUUUUUCAUACAUUUGAUUGAUAUUAACAUUUGAUCGAUAUUAAAAUUUAAAUAUGAAAAUGCAAGUAAACAAGUCUGUACUUUUCUUUUUGCAUCUCGUUGGUUUGAGAUAAAUACAAGUUUUCUAAAGCAAUCCUGGAGCAUAGUUAAAAUCAAAGCAAAUACUACCUGGUUUACUAGUUAUGUCCAGUUGAAAAUAGUCCAUUUUACAGUUGUUUGGUUACCAAGCCUUUGAACAGGAGUGAGGCUAAGGGUGACCUUAUUAUAAUACAAACCUUGCUGUUUUUCAAAUAUAAAUAACUUUGUUAUCAUGUAAUCUAAAUACUGGUCUUUAUCACAACAAGAUCACCCUCAGCCUCACUCUAAAUCAAAGGCUUGGCAACUGUGCACAUAACUGAAAAAUGGCCUAUUAACCCAAUUUUUUAAAUAAGAUAUUAAAUCAUUCUUAUACACAUGAAGAAAAUGAUGGAUGCUUACUAUAUACAUCUUUCUUUGUAGCUUGAAGAGUGGGAACCUUUGGACAAAGGAAAGCUUAGAAAAGACCUACAGGUAAUCUUCUGACAGUCUAUCAACCUGAACUUUGUUAUCUGGAUCAGCUGAGAGAAUUAUCAUGUAUAAUUAUAACAAGUAUAACAAGUAUAACAUUUUUAUUAUAAGUAUAACAUCUUUAUUAUAACAAGUAAUUAUGACUGACUUUAAUAUAAUUAUUACUGAAUAGAUAUGACUAGAUACAAGUAAUAUCACUCAAAAGUAGUGGAAUCCUGCAUUUGUCAUUUCACCGACAUUAUACAAGUAAAGGUACAAAUGAAGAAAACUUGACACUUGAAGAGAAAACUAUAUUUUUUUACAGAGAGUCCUUGAUAAAGGAAUCAAGAGUUUAGCUGUUGUGCUCAUGCACUCUUACAUGUAAGUAUAUAAAUAUAUAAGUAUGUACAGCCAUUUUAUGAAGGGAUCUAUGGUUGUAAGCGGUUUCUUGGAUAUAUGUCCGCUGAAGUUACUCAAUAACUGAUAAUUCCCUGAUGGAAGUUUAAGUGUUAAUCUUACCAGGUAUUAUUUGUCACAUAUUCAGGUAUGAUGUACAUGAAAGAGAAGUUGGUGAAAUUGCCCUAGAGAUGGGUUUUGAUCAGGUGUCACUCUCUUCUACAAUAAUGCCCAUGGUUAGGAUUGUACCCCGAGGUUACACAGGUUAGUUUUCUUUACAAUAGCAAGUUACAACAGUCAUCAUUAUUUGCUCCUUUGCAUGAAGACCUUGUGGUUUCAGAAUCAUCAGCUUUUUAACAACAUAUUGAAUUUGAGUUUGAUUUACAAUGUGUAGCUUCUGCCGACGCUUAUUUAACCCCUUGUAUAAAGAAAUAUAUCAGAGGAUUUACAGCUGGCUUUCAAGAUGGCAUCCAGGUUGGUUGAUUGGUUACUGUGUGUACAAAAAUUAUAUAUAUCCAAUAAGUUUGAGAGGAAAGGUAACUUGUGCCACUGGCCAAACCUGAUGAAAAUAAGGUUCUGGGCAGGUAUAGCAUUUAGAUUUCUCUCACUGAAUGCCAGUUUACAUAUCCCUCCAGGACUUCAAUCAUUAUAAUAUCUCAUUUUAAGAAGGCUGUGUUUUUAUCCAUCCUCAGAGCAGCUUGAUGUGAAAUCACAGAGUUCAAAUAUUUCUGGGAAGGGUGGGGUGAGGAACCUUGUCUCAAGACAGGAUGGUUUAUUUGACUGUGUCAUUGUCAUGUUGUGUGUUUAAUAAUUUGCCAUUGCUUUUGAUAACAAUGUAGAUUGUGAAGCGCAGUGUUAUUUUUGUAUUACAGUAGUAAUUUAUGAUUGAUCUAUGAUUGAUCUUUUUGCAGGACAAAGUGUUGUUUAUGCAGUCUGAUGGUGGCUUGACUCCUGUGUCAAAGUAAGUGGUAAAUUAUAGAAAAGCGUGCAAUGUUUUUUUUAGUGUAUAAUUAUACUUUACCCUCUAACUCACAAGAUCUCGUGAGUAAUUCUCCUUACUGUCUGCUGUAGAGUUCUUGUGAUGUUAGCCUGGAGAAUUUGGUAUUGGGUCAACUAGUAAUCCCUAAGUUAAUAUUCUUCUUUACUCUCAUCAAUUGUCUGCUUGAUGUUAUAUUAAUAUUGUCAGGAGAAAUUCUGUCUUUGUCACUAAUGAGAACUAAAGGGUUAAGCUUUCUACCUCAACCUGAAUUAAAUGAACAGUGUCAACAAAGUUUAUAAGUCAUUGAUAUUAUUGCCAUUUUGUUGAUCAAUCAAUUAAUUAUUAUUAUUGUUAUUAAUAUUGUUAUUAUGUUGUUAUUGUCAUUUACAGUAUGUGCAGUUAAGGAAGUGAUAUCCACUGGACAUUUUAACAUGUUCCCAAUAAAUUGCACAGUAAUUUGUAAUGUGUUUUUGCAGGUUUUAUGGAUCAAGGGCCAUUUUGUCUGGACCUGCAGGUGGUGUGGUAGGUUCCAAAGUUUUAUUCAUUUGACUUUUUUUCCCAAAAGGAUAAUAAAGUUUGCUUUUUGUGCAGGUUGGUUAUGCAAUGACAACUUUUCACAGAGAGACCGAGCAACCAGUCAUUGGAUUUGAUAUGGGAGGUAAUAAAAGAAUAAAACAUUAUCAUGUUAUUUGAUCUUGAAUAGGUCUGAUAUUUUUACUGGAAAUUUGUUACAGCUAAAAUGAUGGUAAAAGUAGUGUUAAGAUUGUGUCUCUAUUUUCAAUUUAAUUAUAUCACACCAAAUGUUUGAAGAAAGAGUGCUGUCCCAAAUUGCAUUGAUUGAGAUGAUUCAGUGAGAAUUUUGUUAGUGAUGCAGUGUCUCCUAUAACAGUAAUUUGUCCUAGCCAGACUUUCUUCACAUCCUAGAUUUAAAUUUCAACAUAUUCCCAUAUAAUUCUUACCAAAGUAAUGUAAUGCCAUAGUUAAGUAUUUUUGUGCAGCUGCGUACUGGUGAGUAACUAUACAGUUUUUUUUUCUUCAGGAACAUCAACAGAUGUGUCUCGAUUUGCUGGUCAAUAUGAACAUGUGUUUGAGACAACAACAGCAGGAAUCACUAUACAGGCACCGCAGGUAUGAGGGCCAUCUAAGAAGUCAUUUAAUUUGUAGCUUGUGAACAGGUUUUUAUUGCUGUGUAUGAGUGGUGAAGCAACAAAAGGCCCAUCAAGGGAUGGGUCUGUACUGGAAAGAAUGCAACCUCUCAUUCUGCUUUAACAAGGUAGUACAACAUCCUGUAAAGCUUUCUAGCUGGUGAUGUGAUGUAAUUUUUGAUUGGUUUUGAUAAUUUUCAUUCUUUCUCAUUGUGGUAUCUCAAGAACUCUGAAUUCUGACAACCAUAGUUUCAUGUAUGAAUUGUUCUGUUAUCAAUCAGAUCUUCAUUUAAUCAAAUACUUUCAGAUAUUACUAGAAAAGGGAAAACUUAAUUAAAAGUAACAUGAUAUCAUCUGAAAUGCUGGUCACCAAACAAACUAGAGCAAGAGAUGUAUCUUGGUCUGUCUGGUACUCACACAAGUUAAUCUUUUUGGAGUCAAAACUUCAAAGUAUACAAUUAUGACAACAACUUACUCAUUGAAUUUUAAAAAGAAAAAUUGUAGUCCUUCCUUGGAAUAGUCCAUUUUACAGUUGCAUGCCAAGCCUUUGAACAGGAAUGAGGCUAAGGGUGACCUUGUUAUGAUACAAACCUCACUGUUUUUCUAAUGUCAUCAUGCUAAGUACAUACUGGUCUCUAUCACAACAUGGUCAACUUCAGCCUCACUCCAAACCAAAGGCUUGGAAACUAAGAACAGAACUGUAAAAUGGCCUAUUCAAAAACCACUCAGAGAAAUCAGUCGACUGAGUUACCAACUGAAAUUUGUUAAUAUGAACUGGUCUUGUAAGACUGUUUUUUUGUGAUAAUUGUUUUUGUAGCUGGACAUCAACACUGUGGCAGCAGGAGGUGGAUCUCGCCUAUUUUUCAGGGCGGGGCUAUUUGUUGUUGGACCUGAGUCAGCCAGUGCCCAUCCAGGACCUGUUUGUUACCGAAAAGGUAAGUUUAUGCUCACAAGUAGAACAGAAAGGAAGAACAGAUGGUUUGCUUUUUUCUCCUUUUUCUACCUGGUCUCCUUGCAAGCCAUCUUUAACCCUUUACUCCCUAACGUCAGUAUGAAUAUUCUCCAUACUACUCCCCAGACAUUUCCUAGGGUUCUGACAAGGAGAAUUUGUUCAACAAUCAAAAGCUUCUUUUGUUGGUGAUCAUCUCCUUUAUUCUCAUGACCUUAAUGUUUGAUUCAGGGGUGAUGUUGUAAGGAGAAAUUAGAUGCUAGUCACUCCUCCCCUCUCCCAUCCUCUAAGGGAACUUUGUGACUUUCUUUUCCUCUCCAUGCCUUUACCAACACCCGUCUAUGGUGACUCAUUAUAAUUGUAAUUAGCCAAGAGUUUAGAAGGCAAAGUUAAAAGAAGCAAUUUCAAAAUCUGUUAAUUUUCUUAGGUGGUCCAUUGGCUGUGACAGAUGCAAACCUAGUGCUUUGCAGGAUUCUACCUGAGUAUGACGUAUAUGCUGUUCUUUUAUGAAAUCAUAGCUUUUUUACAGAAAUUAAAAAAUUUAUGGUUUAACAAGGGUUGUCCGGAUACUCUCACUAGGAGACUAUGUAGAAAGCAGGCGAGCAAGGUGUAGUCUAGGAAGGAAAAAACGGUGAGACUCCUUCCCAGAUUUCCGCCGUCUUUAUUGAUGCCACGGGCCAGUUACAAGUUUCAGCAACUAUAAUUUCGUUGCUAAGUUUCUGCAGUAUAUUUCACGUAGCCAUAACCUUAUCACAACAGAGCUUUGUACUGAUUCGACCGGCUUCAUGUUCUAUUACAUGUAGGCAUCGAAGGGUUUAAAAUUAAGAUACUAUUGUUUAGUGGUUAAUGUUUAAUAUUUCUGUCUUCGUAACGCCCUUUUCAACAGAUUUUUUCCAAAGAUUUUCGGUAAAAACGAAGACUUACCAUUGGAUUUCGAAGGUUCUCGGGCAGCUUUUAAGAAGUUAACAGAAGAGGUAACAUACCUAUUUACAUACAUGUUUUGGUAUUACUUUCUACGAGAUAAAUGUUUUCCUUGAAGUAAGGAAAGAGUCCUUUACGCCAUUUCAAAAAGGAAACAAACACGCUAGGAAUUCUCACAGCGAACAGUUUCUUAAACAAUCAUGUAUUGUAAAAUUUAAAAGAUCCUUUGAGAUGACAGAUACCACAGCUGUCUGCUGGGAAGCAAUUAGUUGUCUUUCAGGCCGAGCUAAAGGGUGCGGGAAUGUUUGCAAAAAAGUCUUUGGAAAAUCGGAAGUUGUAGAAGAGGAACCUUUUGAUGGCCAUUUCCAUUUUUCGAAAUUUUAGCAUACUGUUCCCUUUACUUCACACGGGGACACAAUCACAAAUGAAGAUUACUCAAGCACGAAACAGGUUCCCCUGUAGAGCGCUUUUCUAUUCAGUGCCGUGAAACCAAAACGAAAGUGUUUACAUUAGCCAAACAGAAACAAAUAUAACUAAAGAUUCCCAUAGAACCUUAGAAUAGAUCAGCGGAAUGGACCCUUAUGCGAGAAAACGCGAGUGACCAAGUUGAGGUUAGGUGUGGUUUUACAUCUAUUUUUCGUAGAGGAUGGUGUGUAAUAUCAGGUUACUGUCGACAGCCAUUGGAUUAUUGUUUCAUUUGAACGGCUCGAUUUCUUCAGCUAAUUUUAUCUGUUUUCUACUCCAGGUAAAUGAAUUCCUAGCCUCCCAGGACGACGGCGCAAAGAAGGAUCCUUUAACGGUAGAACAGGUUGCUAUGGGGUUCAUUACAGUUGCUAACGAGACCAUGUGUCGACCAAUCAGAGCGCUUACUGAGGCCAGAGGCCAUGACACUUCACGUCAUGUUUUGGCAUGUUUUGGUGGGGCCGGUGGCCAACAUGCUUGCUCCAUUGCACGGUCCCUGGGAAUGUCAUCUGUGUUCAUUCACCGGUGAGGAGAAAACAUCAAUUUUUCGCUAUUCAUGCAAAAAGAGGAAAGCAUUCGUUAUUCUUCACCUCAACCGCCUUUUUGGUCCAUGAACCCUUUCUAUUGAGUACUAGAAGUUAUUCUGAGUUGCUUUCCUUUUUCUUCACCUAGUUUUUGGAUUGGUUCUUGUUAAACAUUAACGCGUUUGGUUUUCACUUUGAGUUCCCAUUGGCUCCUUGUGAAAUUUUUUUCCAUUGUUUUGAUUAGCCGUCUUAAUUCCGUUGGGUUUGGUGUUAAAAGCGUCCUCAUUCGCGAUGACGAGAUUUAACGUAUGGGGCUGUUGGCUUUAUCGCCCUCUCUGUGAAUAGUGAAAGAGCAUCUGUAAUACACCCCACAAAUGCAGCACCACAGAUUCUUUAGAAACUUACCCCCGCAAUCCAUAUUGAAAACUAGCUGGGACUGAAAAUGUAACUCAAGGCUAAUAUUUAAAUAAACUGUUGUCUUACUCAAUCCAUCGUCACAAAUAAACUGAGAACUGAUACAACUUUUUCAAACAGAUUUGGUGGUAUUCUGUCCGCGUACGGACUGGCCCUAGCAGAUGUGGUUCACGAGGCGCAGGAACCGUGUGCACGUGAAUACAAUAAAGGUAACAGGCAAUUGUUUCUUUUAUAUGAUUUGAGUUCAGUAAAACGUCCAGCAUUCUGCGAAAUGUUUGAGGUGACAAGAACUAGUUUUUAUUCGCAGUUGUCUUCCUUGAAACAUUGAUCAGAGUCUUUUCCUUUCUUUUUUUUUACAGAGUCGUUUGGCUAUUUGGAUGAAAGAAUUGACUUUCUGAUGCAGAAGUGUGUCGAGGAACUAAAAAGCCAAGGGUUUGAAGAGUAAGUGUUGCUUUCCUGCAUUUUGUGGUUCGGUUGUUCACAGAUAAAGCUGUGGUCACUCUAUGAAUCACUUUCAGUGGAAGGGUGUUAAAAAAAGGAAGUACAAUGUCUACCGAGCAGGAUAGUGAUCGAUCAUUCAUUCUAGAACCUUAUGGCUGAUUCUUACCCUUUUCCCUCUACGUGCCCUGAAGAGGUUGAGCGGACACUCUUUCCGGGUACCUGGAUCGACCCCUAUGCAGGGCGUGGAAGGGAGAAGUUAAGAGCUGGACCAUGGAGCUGAUAGUUAAGCACCUAAAGUCUUCCCUUUUCGCUCUUUAUAGGGGUUGAGCUCCGAUGAGUGUGUCGAAAAUACGAAAGGGUAGUUUGACGCUUUCAGUGUGCUGUAAUGAGGCUUGACCGAUUGGAAAAAUAAAAUAAAAUCUAGAUUUAGUGCAAUAACUGAGCUCGAAAUUUACAAUCUCUUUUAAUUUAUCUUCUGGCAAGACGCUUUGGUUAAAGCUGAUGCCGGCAGUAAGUAAGAAAUUGGUCACAUAUGAACCACAGUAUUUGAUAUCAAUGGCCAAAGCGUACUCUUUCUGCUUAGUAGUUGAGCAUCCAGCAAACAAUCUCAACGGUGGGUUCGAAUUUCCAUAACCCCAAAUUUUUACUUUGUCCCAAGUGACUUAAAAGCCCUAACUUACGUUUUGCUUUGAUUAAAAUAUUUUAAGGAACCAGAUCUCCACAGAAGCAUUCCUUCAUAUGCGGUACAGUGGAACAGACUGCGCACUGAUGUGUACUGCUGUUCCUCAGAAAGACACAAAGGUAGGACUUUUUUGUUUACCUCAUCUCCAGCUUAACCUGGUUUAAAAAACAAUUCUGCGUCUUUUUGCUCUAAGUGAAAAGUUUCGUCAUUUACGAUGUCCAUUGAUAAAGUCGCAACCAAACGGGAAUCAAGAAAAAGUAGUAUUGAUUGCUUUCUUUUUCUAGGAAGGAGAAACCUGUCGCCAUGGUGAUUUUGGACAGGCGUUUAAGGAACGGUAAAGACUUUUAUACUAAAAUGAUUUUGGCUUUUCAUGUAUAUUUCCCCCUUAAUUUAAUCUUGAAUUUUUUUUCUUCUAUUUAUUACUGUAGAUACGUUCGGGAAUUUGGUUUCACUAUACCUAACAGACAGAUCCUAAUUGAUGACAUCAGAGUGAGAGGGACUGGACACUCUAAGACAUCCGUAUCACAUGAAAUACCAAAAGCGAGCACCCCUCCCCCGGUGAAAAAGGUAUUCUUAAGAACGUCUUGCAGAUUUAUGUUUACACCCAUGUCUCAUGGAUAAGAUGCUUAAAGGAAAAAUCGCAGAUCCAAUGAAAUCUUAAAAAGAGAAUUUCAGCUCUUUGAAUCGGAUUUUUGAUAAUUCCACCCUCCUGGCUGCCAAAAAUUUCCUUGCAAAUAAGUCAAGAGAAAAUGGUCUGGUAACUUGCAGACCAAUUUCUUUAUUCUCAUCACCUGUCUGUUGGAUGAGACAUUGCAAUCUUGGGGAGAAGUUACAUGUCAAUCACUGGGACUUUUAGAGGCAGCUAAGUGGCCAUCAGGUUGAGGUUUCUUUGGAGUAGCCACGAAAACACAAGGUCUGAUUACGCUUUUCUUUCUUACGCUAGACAACGAAGUGUUACUUUGAAGAUGGUUUUCAUGACACGAGGGUGUACCUCCUUGAGGAGUUGUCCGCUGGCCAGCUUAUAGAUGGACCGGCCAUUAUCGUAAACAAGACCAGGUGAACGAGGUUUAAAAUGAACCACACAUUAAUCACAAACAAACACAAGAAGAGUAUUUAUUAAAUUGAUGUUUGUUUUUCAGUACCGUUCUUGUUGAACCACAAUGCAAAGCGUCUAUCACUUCAUCAGGAGACAUCAAGAUUGAGGUUUUGUUUUCUUUAUUAGUAAAUUGGUAUAUUGUCUAAUGGAAAGCUUCCCGACUAAUUUUUGAUGUUCUUCUAAGCGAAAUGUGUGUUGUGAAAACAGUGCAUGGUUUGGGCGAGACAUGAAUAGGCACUAAGGGAGCGGUCGAUGCGCUUCCUUAAAAACGCCUGCUUUGCAGCUCUCUGAUCUCGUCGCUGUUAUAUGCGCCAAGAGGCGCGGCGGGCAGUAAGUAAGUUGCAGCUUUCUUGAAUCAUUUGCUUCCUUCUCCUCGCACGAAACUCCAUCUUGAAUCUGGAAAUGAAACAGAAGUGGUGUAACGCGUUUAACGUUCUAAACUUAACUGCAAUGUUCAUUACAUGACAUACUGAGUCUGAAAAUUACAUACAAGUUUAACUUAACAAAGAUAGUCUUUUCUGAGCACCUCUCAGUUGGGCGUCAAAAAACCAAAACGAAAGUAACAACCACGUUCCAUUGGAACAAAGGACAUUAUCAUGAAACGUCUGAGAACUCAAAAUGAAAACCGCAGUUAAAAGGGACUGAAGUGAACUAAUGUUGUGAUGAGAUAUCGUUUUUCUUCUCCUGCACGAGAGGGUGGUGCAAAAUUUCCAAACCAAUCACACAACGCAAUUGAAUAUCACUUACCAGUAUGGUCGCUACUACUUUUUAGAUUGGAGGAAACCAAGGCAAAAAGAGUAUUGGAACAGAACUAGAUGCGAUUCAGGUACUGUUUGAAUCAAUUUUAUGACUAGCUUGUGUGAGAGUAACGUUUCUGAAUUCUAAGGUUGUUGCAUAAGAAAUAUGGGCAUUCUAUUUGCGUUAACUACGUUAUGGAUUCAAAGGGAUGUAAACAGCCACUUGGUCAGAUACAAUGAUUCUUAACAAAUACUACGUACAGUUUCCAAGGUUGUGUAUCAAUGCACUCAGGGUGCAGAUGGCGGUGGAAGGGUCACACUCAAAAAAAAGUUAUCUCUGUGCCGAUGCAGUUCUCUCAAGGUGUUCUCCUCCGAGUAACCUCUGCCACAGAACAGUUUUCUUGUGUUUCGUGAUUAGUUUCAUUCUUAUAUUCCUCAGCUUUCCAUAUUUUCCCAUCGUUUCAUGAGUACAGCUGAGCAGAUGGGCCGGUGAGUAAAAUGAGAUUUAUGUCAACUCUGUGGUGAGUUUUUACACAGAAUACCUGAUUCUGUUUUUUUCUCGCAUCCGUCAGAGUUCUUCAGCGUACAUCAAUUUCAACUAACAUCAAGGUGAGAUGUAAUACUGAAUGUUAUUUCGUUAAAUUUUUCGUAUCUAUCUCAGGGACGUUUUGGCGUUCAAGGUUGGUCUAUUGCUUUAAAUGGUUUUGUUUCUGCGGCUGAGACUAACUUUUUCGUUUAUACUGAACUAUCUUGAAUCCAAGUCACCGCUCUACGAGACCUGAUACAGAGGAGCUGAGUUUCUAUCAUGGCUUCUUUGGUCAAUGGAGUAGAAAUUUAAUGAUUACAGUUAUACCUUUUCACUUUUUGCAGGAGCGACUCGACUUUUCCUGUGCUAUGUUUGGACCAGAUGGAGGCCUGGUUGCCAAUGCCCCACACAUCCCAGUUCAUCUCGGUUCCAUGCAGGAAACUGUGCAAUAUCAGGUUUAAACAACACUAUUUUCAACUAAAUACUACUUAAUAAUUUUUUUUAAUUUGAUCUAUGUCGUUUUAUUGCAUACUUCGUCGAGAUUCUUUCAUGGCUAAUCAUGGCCUGAAAUUCUUUUUAGAUUCGCACUUUAGGAGAUGAUCUGAAGGAAGGUGAUGUUUUACUCAGUAACCACCCGAGCGCAGGGGGGACGCAUCUUCCAGAUUUAACAGUCAUCACCCCGGUAAGGAAGAUAUUCGAUCCAGAGAAUUAUAAAGUCUCCUUUUUAGGACACCUAUGGACCCACAGUUAACACGACCAUUACAAAAUCGCUAAACCUAAAUUUCACACGAAGCUUUAAAAAAAAGUGGCUUGGGUGGAAGCAACCUAGGUCUUAUUUUCGAAACUUACGAAAUCGAAUCGCAUAGGAAAAACAUUCGAUUAAAAGAAAAUUUCCAAGGUAGAUAGACAUCCUAAAAUAAAGAAUUUUCUGAUAGGGAUAAAGCAUGGUGCACACGACAACCAGCUUAUCAUGCUACGCUUAUUAGACGAAAAAAAUUGUACUCUGGCGCAAUGCAAAUUCACAGAUUUAGAAUCAGUAUGGAAACAAAAUUUUAAUUUAACUAAGGAAGACUCAGUUGUCUCUCGCUCCUUUUCUUCUGCUGUUCAGGUUUUCUAUCCUGGUCAAUCAAAGCCCGUGUUCUUUGUCGCAAGCCGUGGCCAUCAUGCAGAUAUCGGAGGAUCUGCUCCAGGUCUGUACCAAUCCUUUUUAGCUUAUCAGAACGAUAUUGACUGUCAAGAACUAUUCAGCGUUCACAAACUCCUUAACGUAUGUCUUUUAACCCAAGAUUCCGUACAAUGAUUUUGAUUAGCUCUUAGGUGACGCAUUUUAUGAAGGCUCUUGGGGUUCAUUUACAAGAGUUUUUGUUGUUGUACUUUACGCUAGACUCUCGAUCAGUAGAGACACGAGCACUGAACGGCUGGGAUCUGGGAAACAAGAAAUGCACUUUCCUCUUUCCCAGGUCCAAAGCACUUCUCUCGAUACCACGAUAAAGAGCCCGGAAAAGGUUAUUGUUGCUGUUGCUUCUUCUCCUGUAUUUGUUUGUUUCGUCCAUUUUUGAGCGCAGAUGUUAUCCUGUGUGUUGGAGUUAUCCUGUGUGUUGGAAUUAUCCUUAUGUUUGUCUCAUAAACCUUUUCUAUAUUUAAACAUAUGAGAAAAACAUUUUAUACAUUUUUUCCCCUACAGGGUCCAUGCCGCCUGAUUCACAUUCCAUAUUUGAAGAAGGAGCCGUGUUCAAAUCAUUUAAAAUAGUUAAAGGAGGUGUCUUUCAAGAAGAAGGUACAACGUUACUCGUCGAACUCGGUACCUUACAUCUCCAACUUUAAACUCAGGCACUCUUCUCUGAUAAUGUGCUUUUAGCUUCAAUGUUGAAUGAUAACUUAAUGCUCGCCAACGCAACUAAGUGAACAGAUACCGAUAGAACGUUUUCUAGCAAAGAAGGUUGCCCUUUUUUAUCCAGAGUCACAAUAGAACUUCGAACAGCAGUUAACGUCCAGAUUCGAAAUGACCCGUAGUUGUAUUGUGAAGCGGACAAGGAUCAAUCCAGUAAUUUUAAUCUGACGUCUUCGUUCUACAGCACUGAUUGAAAAGCUUAUGGAGCCCAGCAAGUAUCCCGGAUGCAGUGGAACGCGCAAUCUCCAUGACAACCUGUCUGACCUUAAGGCCCAAGUGGCGGCUAAUCAUAAGGUACGGGCAUGUUUAGUCCUCUCCCUCCCCUUCCCCUCCCCUCCCCUCCCCUAGCCUUCCAUCUUUUGAUAGUCUUAUAUUUAAAUUCAAUCGAGUCUAAUUACAUGGGUGAUUAUAGAGAUGUGCGCCCUGUGAUUGGGCGAUGAUUAUGUGAUAUCUCGGCCCGUUGAUAGCAUAUUUGGUAUUUUUACUUUGUAGGGAAUCAAACUGAUUAGUAGCUUGAUAGAAGAAUACAGCCUUCCCGUAGUGCAGGCAUACAUGAAGUAUAUUCAGGUAAGAUUCUCAGAAGCUGUUCCAACGAAAUAUAAAAGUAACUUGGUUUGUGGUGAAGAUUGUUUUAAUAAUUCUUAUUUCAGUGAAUUUUUUUUGCGUUUAUUUUAGCAUAAUGCCGAAGUUGCUGUUCGAGAAAUGCUGAAAGAUAUUGCUGCAAAAACUAAGGUGAGGAAAUAUGACAGAACUACAUGAGCAGUGCAUGAUUGCAUAGGUAUUGUUUCACUGCGUCCUGUGAUUGGUCUAGAAACGCGCCAUUCUUUCAGCCAAUCAGAUACAAAACUGAAACCGAUCGUGACUUGGUCAUUCGUGUUUUCCCGCGCUUCAGGUGGACUACGUCAUAUCCACUUUGUGUUCUCAUUGGCUCUAUGUGAUGUUUUUCUUGCUCUGAUUGGUUGCUGUGACUAGCUUUAAUUGGAAAAAGCUCUUUGCAGCAGAAUUAAUCAGGAAACCUUAGGUAACAGCUAUUGAUGCACAGCAAAAAGAGAGGGAUAUCCGUCUUUCUUUACCCGAAAAAAUUUGACAUUUCAUCUUGACAAAUCUUUUGCGGGUAGAGUUUUUAUUUGUGACUUUUGUUUUCCUGUUAAAUCGGCAGGAACGCACCGGAAAGACAGUACUAUCCGCCGAGGAUCACAUGGAUGAUGGAUCGCGCAUUAAACUUACAAUUUCCAUCGACGAGAAAGAGGUAGAUAGUCUUCACAUGAGGACGUGGAAUUCUAGUUCAAUAUAAGAUUUUUAAUGGAAUCCAUAACCAAAUCAAUUGUCCAAGUAUACUGGGGCAGAAUUUUGAAAUUUUAAGGUCAUUCAACAAAGUUCUCAGUCUUUCAAGACUGAACGGCCUCCUGUAACGUUAAUUUAAGUGAACAACUUUCUUUGUUUAAGACUUGUACUCAGUGCAAAAAAUAAAGCUGUAAAGGUUUCAGCGAAGGGUACUUUUCGAUGAAGUUAUUAUUAUUUCGUUUCAGGGCAGCGCAGUCUUUGACUUCACAGGAACUGGACCCGAGAUGUACGGGAACUGUAAUGCACCUCGCGCCAUCACCUUCUCUGCCAUUAUUUACUGUCUGCGGUGCAUGGUCAAACACUCGAUACCGCUGAACCAGGUAAUUAUAAGCUGCGUCUUUUUUCCUUGCGUUUAUCUAGAUGAUUUACCAAAUCCUUCAGAGGCUUCAAUACUAUGAAAAUUUUUAGACCCGUCAACACUGUUUUUUACCUCCUUCAGGGUUGUUUGGCGCCAGUAAAAGUAGUUAUUCCGCCUGCUAGCGUUCUCGAUCCAACGGAAACUGCGGCAGUUGUUGGCGGGAACGUAUUGACUAGUCAGCGAGUUGUUGACGUGGUGCUGAAAGCCUUUGAAGUGUGCGCUGCGUCACAGGUUAGUGAGAAGUCACGUGUUAUGUCACUUGCCCUGGAAUGUCUCGCACACUUAAUUUCAACUUAUAGCCGCAAAGCCUAAAAGGAAUGUGUACUACUGACAGCGAGGUAUCGCUUUGUAUAGGGAUGUAUGAACAUAACCGCGUUUGGAGAUCAGCAUUGCCAGUAUAUUGAGACAAUCAGUGGUGGAUCCGGGGCGGUAAGUGUGUUUAUUGUCUGUCUAAUUCACUUUCCACCUGUGUGACAGGGCUGUAUGAAUAACACGACUUUUGGUGACGAAGGAUGCGGCUACUACGAGACAAUCUGCGGAGGAUCUGGGGCGGUGAGUUGUGUCCACUAAGUAUUUUAAGUUACUGGUCACCUAAGGGCGAAUGAUCUGAUCAAUUAUGUGAAAGAUAAGUGUUCAAUUGAGUGUCGAAAAUAAUCCAGCUUUGUGUGGUUUUGCUACAUUUGGCUCUCUGAUAAAUUCGGAAAACCUGUCGUCCAAACAGAUACAAAAGUAAACCAGUCGUGACUUGUUAAUGCGUGUAUGUCUGCCCUUGAGUUUGGUAAUGUUAAGUUCCAUUGGCUACUGGUGUUGUUGACCUUUGCUCAGAUUGGCUAUUUCUCUUAUGAAGGUUUGGUUUUACGAAUCUCAAUCGAAAAGCGCUCUACAGUCUUUCUUGUUUGUUCCCUGCCGCAAACUUGAAAUUUGUUUGUUGUUUGUGUUUCUUUGACCUAAAUUUAUUCAACUCUCUUAUUGGUGGCCAAAUAAAAACAAAUGAGUACUUUUUAAAAAAAUUGUAGACAUAAAUGUAGAUGAUACUGUGUUAAUUUUUGAAAGAAGGCACCUAUCCUCUUCGCAGGGACCCACAUGGGACGGACGCAGUGGAGUUCAUGUCCACAUGACAAACACAAGGAUCACAGAUCCAGAGAUAAUCGAAAGAAGGUAGCUUAGUUGAUAAUUUUCACGCGAUUAACGGCUACCCCGGGGGAACAGUGGGAGGAUGGGAUGUUACGCGACCUCAGUCUCGAUUAUUUUCCAAAUUUUUUCAACAUAUUUACCUCGAGAUGUGUGUCAGAUUUAAAGGAGAAUUACUAAUUAGAUAUUGGGACUUAAAAGACGAAAGAACAAAAAUUGUACAAAAUACGAAAAAGAAAAAACGUAGUUCAGAACACUUGGCACAUUCUAACACCACAAGGAUUAGUUAGGUUAGGGCAAACUAGUGAAGGCCUCGACUGGUUUGUUGUCACUUGAAAAGGUUUAGAAAGAGUAAGCCUGGGCUCUUGACUGAUAUGUUUUCCGCCCUUGCUAGGUUUCCAGUGAUUCUGCGCCGUUUUCAUCUCAACCCCGGUACUGGUGGGAAUGGUUUUCACAGGGGUGGUGACGGUGUUAUACGCGAGCUGCUGUUUAGAAAAGAGCAAGUUCUUUCUCUUCUCGGUGAGAGAAGAGCAUUUCGACCUUAUGGACUGAAAGGUAAGUCUUAAGGAAAAACGCAACAAACCAGGAAAGAAAUCGAAAACCUUCCUUUGAAUUACUCAAAAUGGAGUAAAUGUCAACCAUUCAAAACCGUUUGCUGUGUAUUUUAGCCACUUCGCCUCCAAGAGUUCUUCGUUCACAAAUUCUCAUAAUCAUUUUAUAAACUGUCCUAUAGACAGGUAUGAAGAUUUAAGAAAGUUAUCAAUUAAGGGAUUUUGUUUUGAUGUGCCACCAAAUUCUGAGGGAAAGACAAUUGAGAAAUAUUAGGUGUUAUUUAUAGGAUAAUCAUCCCCAAGAUUUUAACCUUGAAAGCGAGAAGAACUUAUUUCGUUGGGUAAAUUUUCUUCCAACACAUGUUGAAUACAAAAUUGGCCCUAGCAGCAUCCCUUGGGAUAAACGUGCCUUACAACGCUUUUGUCGUAAGAAACUGGGCAAGCAUUGAAAGCUAGAUGAAAGAGAGUUUUUUACUCCUCCAGUGAUUUAGUAAGAGCUGUGAUUUACUCAUUGCAAGAGAAUGAAAGUCGUCCUAAUGGCGCGAUAAAAAUUAAAGGAAAGAGCAGAAGAAAAUACUCAGUGUGUGAGAGGACUUUUGGGAAGAUGACUUCCUUAGUUACUACAAUGUUACAUCAAGUUGUGUUUUCAUUUGAUAACGUUUGCUAAGGCAAAUACGGGUUUUAUUACAGGCGGUGAACCGGGCAGUCCAGGUUUAAGCCUGCUACAUAAGUCAGAUGGUCGAAUGAUAAAUCUCGGAGGCAAAGCAUCGGUCAAAAUGAAGCCAGGGGUAAGUACUACAAAGCGAAGCUGCCGCAUCAGUCGUUAACACAUGGGUAUAGACAAUCUCCAGCCCAGGGUCAUUUAGCCUCUUUGUCAUCAUUUGGCGACCUUACCGCUGACAAGGAGCCGAAAUGACCGUGGGCUCGAGAUAAGGGUUUGGAUGAUGUUGGAUAAUCAGACAUGGUUUGAUGCUACUCUGGUUUACAGAUUUAAUGAAUGUAACCGAAGAAGUUACGAUUCAUAGACCCAACGUUUCGACACAGCUGUCUAGUGCCUUCAUCAGGGCACUAGACAGGAGACACUAAACCCAACGUUUCGACACUCCUGUCUAGUGCCUUCAUGAAGGCACUAGACAGGAGUGUCGGAACGUUGGGUCUAUGAAUUGUAACUUCUUCGGUUACAUUCAUUAAAUCUGUAAACCAGAGUAGCACCAAACCAUGUCUGAUUGUCCACCUGGUUGCCGUGUGAACUUUAAUAUAUGUUGGAUAAUGUUAUGAGAGGGGAUUGGGGGCAAUCAGAAACCUCAAAAGUGGACAAAAACUUUUAAAACCAAAAAAACAAGCACUCAGAAGAAUAAAAAAGUCGAGGUGGAGAAAUUCUAUCCAAGAACGAAACAAGCAGACAACGGAACUGAAACCAAAACCUGUUCAUUGGGAUCGAGAACAAACAAAAUGUCUCAGAAGGGAAAAACCGAAGACUGAGACCGGAAAUACCGGAUAACUGAUCACACUGAUGAUCCAAAAUCAAAAACGCAAUUCCUUGCUGAUUUACUGAUUUAGAACCCUUCUUUCUCCGUUAGGACUGUUAUCGUGUCCAGACUCCUGGAGGUGGUGGUUACGGAACACCAACAGGAAAUUUGGGACAAGAAAAUAGUGUGGGUGACCUCCCGUCAAGAAGUGACCAGGAAAAACCUCAACAUUUUGCAGCGUGUGGAAGCUUACACAACUACAAGAUGAUGCAAGAGUCGGCUUAAUGAUAUAGACGCUAUUCAGUACUAAACCAACCAAUCCAACAAUUCUUAUCUCUCGCUUUAAUCUUUCAUCUCACUGAAUAGAGGGCUCAGAUUCAAAUUAAAUUUCAUAAUAUUGACGGUACCUGCAAAAAUUCAACAUUAGAGCGUGAAAGAUAAUUUCUUUUCCUAAGCCUCGGUUGCAAAAUUUAACGGCGGUUAACGGAAGGUGCGAAGCCGAAGAAAGAACGCCUGGUGACAGCCGUGGCAGGAAAAGACAGUACAAUUUUUCUGGUGGAUCAACUUUGUCGCCAGGGCCUUCUCUGUUGUCAAAAUUACGGCGGGUCGAAGGUAAACGAGAAGCUCCUG